UCCACCGGAAGCGGAGCAGACGCAAACGCAGCACGUAAAACCAAACAGAUGCCAGAACACAGGAGGGCCACAGAGGACAUCUACAACCAGACCCGAAACCACUUCUCAGAGCCCGAAAGCCGUCUCUGCAGCUUCGUGGGGGGUCACCCUGAUAGGCCGAAAAGAAACACACAAGUAACGACCUACCUAGACGACCCUAGUUAGUCCACUUAAGAUUAAUCCAGUCAUUUCACCGUCAGUCGGAAAACUUGCCUUAAAAAGCAGCGUCUGCCUCACACAAAGGUCCACUAUGGCCCAAGAGACCAAUCAGAGCCCAGUCCCAAUGCUCUGUGCCACUGGCUGUGGUUUCUAUGGCAACCCUAGGACAAACGGCAUGUGCUCUGUGUGCCACAAGGAGCACCUGUCGAGGCAGAACAACGGAGGGGUUGGUUCCCUGACUGCUGUGGGAUCCAACAGUAGCUCCUCUGCUGAGGUCUCAGCCAUUCAGAGGUUAGAGGCCACCCUGAACAAUGCUGCAGCUGCUGCAGUUGCUGCUGCAGAGGAGGCAGCCGAGGCCGCCGCCGCCGCCUCUGAUGCUGCGGGCGCCUACGCUCUCAGCGGAAGCUCACCUGCUGUCGCUGUAACGCAACAAAUGACUGAAAUGAGCCUCUCGUCUGAGGAGAAAGCAGCAUCAAGAAGCAAAGCACAAGAUUUGGAACCAAUAGUGAGCCAGCCAUCCGUCUCCGUCUGCAGUCCCUCCACUGCUGGCAGUGAAGAAGACAAAACCCCCGAGUCGCAAAAACCCAGGAAGAACCGCUGCUUUAUGUGCCGCAAAAAGGUCGGCCUUACAGGUUUUGACUGCCGCUGUGGGAACGUUUUCUGUGGGAUUCACCGUUACUCUGACAAGCACAGCUGCCCGUACGACUACAGAGCCGAGGCCGCCGCCAAGAUCCGGAAGGAGAACCCCAUGGUGGUCGCCGACAAGAUCCAGAGAAUAUGAGCGGGCUCUGCUGGACUUUGAAUACCGGUCAGCGUUGGAAAGAAUGGACCUGAGACACACACACACACACACACACACUCACCCCCCCCCCCGUAGUUUCCCGCUCUGCCCACCCCUUGUCGCACGUCCAGGACUUGAGUGUUGGGGUUCCUGCGUCUGCUGUGUUUGUGUGAGUUUGACCAGGUGUGGAGCCCCCCCACACCUAGGGGCACCUCCUGCUGCUGGUGCCCCCUCCCUCUCAGCUCUGCUUGCUCUCUGCUGGCUUGAGUAGCAAAAUGGAUCUUUUUUUGUUUUUCAGCCUUCGGUCGUCCGAGUCUGGAGUGCCCCCCCCCCCCAGUUCAUACUUGCGGCAUAUGAGAGGUCGUUGCCGUGGUUUUCUCUGCCAUUGAAGCUGUGACCAGCAGCCUGUGAACUUGGAUUUUCCUGAUCCGUCCACUGAUCACAGCCAGACCCCCCCCUUUUAUUUGAGUUGGUUUCUUCUGUUUCACGUGUGACAUGCGGCUUGUCUUUAUUAAAAUUUUCAUUUUCAUGAUUGAAUUGUUUUGGGAUGCAGGCGUGUUUGUUUGUGGGCGCAGAAGUGAGGGUGGGAGGGGGGUCACUGUGCUGCAGCGUGGUAUGUAGGUUUUAAAAUACACCUUUCAGGUUUUCUUGUUUUUGAUCUGCCUGCUUUGAUUUUUUUUUUAACCCUUUUAGUUUGUACAAAUCUUUGUAUUUAUAUUCUGCAGUGUGUAAUCUGACAACAAUAAAGUAUGGUGUAAAUGAG